CCUUCUCCAAGUAAAGUCUCCCCCAUCCCCGAACAAAGAGAGGCAUGGGUGAGGGUUUUGGCUAAUUAGUCCGAGUGAGCUACCACUAGGGGUCUGGAGGGUAAACCAGAGAGCCGCUUGCGUCAGGUCCAUUGCCUCCUCACCAAGUUCUCCCACUCUAUUUUCUUCGGAGUCUUCAUCACCGGUCUCCAUCGCCCCGGGCUCCUUCGGGGGCCGAGGUGCCAGCUUCCAACUCCCAUCCCCCAUGCGUCCACUCAUUAUCAUUCGACAAGCACUCGGCGUUGUACCCCGUUGCCAAUUUAAAAAUAUAAAAAAUAUAUAAAAGAGCGAGUCAACCAGACGUGGAGAGAGCACCCGCUGGCGUGGUCCAUCAAAACCACUCGGCCGGUACGACAAGCCUAGCCACGUAGGCACACUCAUUCCCCGUGCUGCACCUCCAUGACGUCACCAGCGGAACAUCUCCUGCACCCCUACGCAUGCUCAGAGAGGGGCACGGCUAAGUACCCUCCACGAAAAAACAAAGCCUUUGUCAGUCACCUCCGCCGUAUUGAUUGAACCAGGGUUCGGUACCGCACUACUGCUAGUUUGCUUCCCCGAUCGACUCACUCGCUGCACCCCGUCUACAGUGCCGGUGGAUAUUACUCCAUUAGAAACAUACUGUGUGCUCCUCUUCGAAACACCGAACGCCAGCCCGUACCAACCCCGUCAGUCGACCCACCAGUAUCUCACUCCGAACCGCUCUCCACCAUCUUACCCAGGAUUUCACCGGCGAUUUGGACUGGUUUUUACCGCUGAUUAUAUAAAUAAUUUUUUUUUUUUGCGAGAGUAGUGGAAACAUUUUGGGAGUACCGACACUGCACCUUUCCAACUCAACACGGGCACGGUGAUCUGGGCAAGUCAGCUAGCAUGUGGAAGCGAGGACUGCGUAGAAAACCGCACGCUAAGGCUGAGGACGACGCAUCGUUGUCAAGUGCAGACACAGAAGCCUCGGAGCCGAGCUACGCCUCCGAACCAACGAUCCACGCCCCAAUAACCGAAGAAACAAUGACGAGAACAGAGAGUGACAGAGUAACACCACAGCCAUUAGACCUAAAAAAAGCAGAAGAAACGUCAACAAACAACACAAGACAGGGGUCGCCCAAACCAGAGGAAGUGUUAAGGAAAACGCCACAUGAAACCGAUACUCAGGUAAUGACAGAGAACAGCACCCACUCGGCUCUAGGGCGGGAACCCCCUGAAAUAAAUCAGGACAAAUCACAGGCGGAGGAGGUUGAAGAUGAUGAAGAAGAUGAGAGAGGUUAUAGUUCAGAGGUCAAAGGGUACAGCAACAGCGGUGGUGGUUAUGACACGCAGCGAUACACAACCUCGUCCAACGGUUACAACUACUCCCUGGUUGGAACGUCGGUUCACCAGCCACCGGAAGGAGCGAGGGACACACCCGAGGAUCUCUCCGUGACAAAGGAUGACGAUGACGAUGACGACGGGGAUGACGAUAGUGAUAAACUCAACGAGACCACGCCCGGAGUUGACCCAGAGAGACUCAAAGCGUUUAAUAUGUUUGUUCGUCUUUUCAUUGAUGAGAAUCUUGACCGCAUGGUCCCCAUCUCCAAGCAGCCCAAAGAGAAGAUCCAAGCCAUUAUUGAGGCGUGUUACCGACAGUUCCCGGAGUUCCACGAGAGGGCGCGUAAACGCAUCCGCACCUACCUCAAGUCGUGUCGUCGUAUGAAGAGACAUCGUGACCAGAAUGGGCUAGACUCGGUACGCAACCAAAACUCUAUGAGACCGACACCGCCUCAUUUAACCUCAGCCAGAGCAGAACAGAUCCUCGCCGCUGCUUGUGAAAGUGAAAGUGAAAACGCCAAGAGGUUACGGAUGGAACUAAUGCAAGCUGGGCAUACGAACGAAGUACGAAUGGAAACAUCACACCAACAGCCGCAGCAGCCCACUCCGCCAUCGCGAGUCACCUAUGAGGAGACGCCGAAGCACACGUCGCCACGUCCCGUGGACUACCGCUAUGCAAAUGGCGUCAGCACCCACGAUCCUUACUAUGGAAGCAUAGCCCCACAUCAACCACACAAUAUGAUACAGCCUUCCCAACAUGCACAGAUGUCUAAUGGCCCAACAGACCUAAGUGUUAAAAAGUUGCCUUCAAAAGCUCAGCUGAGCCCCACGGAAAUCGCAAACAUCCGACAAUUGAUAACGAGCUAUCGCGAGUCGGCCGCAUUCCUUUACCGUUCAGCUGAGGAAUUAGAACAGAUGCUACUGCAGUUGAAUUAAGGAGGUUUUUUUUCUUUCAUCAGAGGCACAAGGCAGCCAGGGUCCUGGACGUUUUCUUUGACGACGCAUUUGAAGAGGGUAUUUUGGCACCGUAAACAGAUUUUAGUUUUUGGUGAUUGCCAGUGACGUGGAUUCAUUGGGUUUGGCACACAGUUGAUAAACACUAGAGUUCUUAAUUUUGCAGCAUCCAUUUUGUCUUAUACCAUGAGCCCCCCAAUAUGAUAGUGAUGAUGUUUGGGUGUCGGGUGCCAGACUAGAUGGCAUAAGUUUUUGAUGGUUAGUUUUGUAUCUUGAUCAUUGUGACAUGAUAUGAGAUUUGAUGCAGCCCAAAGUGGAAUUGAUCCCAAGCAAAAAGCAACAGCAGCAAACAUCAUUUUAAGUUCCAGAGUCAUUUGUGAUUUUUGUAGGAGUGGCACGUUGUGUGAGAUUUAUUUCAUUAGUACGCUUCUCCAUAUCCACAAACAAUUCUCUCUCAAGGGAACAUUGUUGCCCAGUGUAGGCACUUAACAGCAGUAUUUGGGGGACAGUAAAUAUCUCUCGGGAAAAAAACUUCCUAAUAAAAUGGAGCAAAAUGUACCUUUCAUAUGCACAACUCAUCUCGGUCAGUAGCUGUUUCUAAAUACAACCCACCCUCAUAUUAGAAGGGUAAACAAAUUGGAAAAUGCAGGUCUUAAAAUUAACACUGGACCACUGGCCCGAGGUCAUGGCCCGAGGCCAGUGAUUUCCGGCAGUCCUGUCUUUUUUAAUAACAACAACUCAUUAAGAUAAAUUUGAUAAAUCUUCUCUUAACGCUUGUUCCAAAAACAGCUCAAUCGUAAAAAAUGUGUAAAAAGUGUUCUCAUUUUCAUUCCGGUCUCUGGUCCAGUAAAGAAUUUGAACUAGGAGCCCAGCAGUUUUGUGGAUCCCCCCCACCCAAAAAAUAAAAAAGAUUUUAUAAAAUCAAUCAACAGAGCCCUAAUUUAGAAACAAAAAUUGCAGUCGGCUUGUAACAGUUGUCUGAUAAAUGCUAAGCGAAUAUGCUUAGCAAAAGUUCAAUUUUGCUCUGAUUAACAGCUCUCUGAAAAAGAGUUUUUUAAGGUGGGUCUAUAAAAAAUAUUCUCCUGUUUUAGCCUCACAAAUUUAAAUUCUAAGUCGUAAAUUUAUUCCUUGUAUAAGUUAUUAAAUAUAUAUAUAUUUAUCUCAAAAUGUUGCCUUGUUUAUUAUAAUACCAUUAUUUGUUUCUAUCUUGCCCAAAAACUACAACAAUCAAGCAGCAUUAAGCACAGGUUCUUACACAGACACAUUUUUUGACAAAUGGAGCACCAAAUGUAGGUUAGGAAAUAGUUUUUGUAGUGUUUAGAAGAAAGUAUUUAUUUACGUUUAUUUAAGGACUUGCGUUAUCGAUGGGUGAUUUUACGUUACAUAAAUGCAUGUUGAAUGAUAUGUUCACAUUGAAACACCGUCAAGAUCAGCUGAUUUAUUAAGAAUUGAAAAAUAAAUUGUAUUGUGUGCUAAACUAAAAUAUUGAGACCCAUACAUGUGCAAUAUGAUCACUUGAAACAGCGGGUUUAACACUAGUUCACAUGACGAUGGUUGUGCAAGUCUCAAGCGUUUUAAACAUUUUGGGUUCCCACGAAUGCUAACUAUAGCAGAAAAACUCGAUUAAGCGUAAGCAUAUUUCACGGGUUAGCAGGAAAACUGCAGUCAGCUUGCAUGAUCACCAUGGAUUUAUUUACAUUGUUACAACAUUCAUUUUUUUACAGAAAGCACUAGGACGUUAGUAUGCCUUACGGUUGGCAGCGAUAUAAAAUGGAAUUUGCACAGUAAGCACAAAAUAGACUCCGCCCACGACGCACAUGCGAGCAAGAACAGGUGGGGCUCUUCAAUGCCUUUCUGCACAACUCUGCCGCGCGCGCCAAGAUACGCGCACUCAUGUCGAACCUUAUUUGUCAGACCUUCGUUGCGUUGUGAUUGGUCAAUACGCAAUGAGGCGUAGCUUAAUAGAUCGGUCUAUUGGCAGUUAAGCAGCUCUAUAAAAAUUUGGCCCCGGUUUCAGCCUCAGCACUAAUGUGAAAGGUUAACCAACCUCACUAAAACACAAUAUAAUUACAUAAUGCAAAAACCAAAAAUAUAUUGUGCCAAAAUUUACACCAUUAUAAUUAAUUCGUUUGCAACUCCUCUUAAAUGGAUAUAAAUAAGAUGUUCCGAACAUUAAACGCACGGUAAAUAAAUUUUAACUUAUAACUUGCCAUAACAAAUAUGUACCAACCAAAGUAACAAA